AUGAGCGCCAAAGCACCAGAUAGCCCUCAGUCUACGCACUCCAGCUCUUUUGAGCCCGUGGACUUGCUCACAACGCCUCAAUCUCUUGCCCGGGCCGUCUAUGCUCGGCGCGCCGAAUAUGUUCGGCCGCACAAGAUAAGAGUCAAGAUUGGCACCUGGAACGUCGCAGCCUGUACAGGGACGGACAAGGACCUUGCAAGAUGGUUCGUUGAUGGGGAAGGCAUUGACAAACACUUUGCGACCUUGGAUUUAUCUCGAAACUCGGCCGUUGCGCACGAUCUUUCUGCUAGCGAUGAGCAAGAUCCCGACGCAGUCCGUCUUCUAGGCGGCAACGAAAUUGGGCUCUAUGUACUCGGCUUACAAGAAGUUGUUGACUUGAAUUUGACCAAGGAGUACAUGAACCGGGCCGUCAAUAUCGACAACUCUCCGACGGGCAAGUGGCAAGCUGCGCUCGAAGCCGCCAUGCCCCCAGGAUACGAACUUGUCAUGUCAGAGCAAAUGACCGGCUUGCUACUACUGAUUUAUGCGUCUCCCGAGAUUGCCCCAACCAUCACGAACGUCAGCACAAAACAGGUCGGGACCGGUCUUCUAGGUUAUUUUGGUAACAAAGGAGCCGUCACGUCCCGACUUGUUCUGGGUGAAACGACACGAAUGGUAUUUGUCAACUGCCAUCUAGCUAGUGGCGCUGGCUCCAGCUACUUGGAUCGAAGGUGCUGGGACGUUGACCAGAUUCUUACCAAGACGAAAUUCGACUCCGUGGUACAUGCUGGCGUUUCCGAGGACGAUGGAGAGAUGAUUGGCGAAGAGGACUUUGCAUUUUGGUUCGGAGAUUUGAACUUUCGGCUCGACGGGCUUCCUGGAGAUGACAUUAGAAGACUGCUUACAUUACACACAAGAGGGGAGUACGGUCUGUCCGGGGACAAGACUCCACGACCGCCGGAAGGAGACGGCGUGAUUGUAAUGAGAAGUUCCGAAAGCGAUGACGAUACCACAAUUAAGUCUUCAGUUCACUCACGAGAGCAGAGUUUCGAUUCCGAGACUACACUUCCAGAUCCAGACGAUUUCCCAGAGGAUCCCAGUCAGGACCCAACAUCCCUUCAAGCGACCCUGGACUCACUCCUUCCCCACGAUCAGCUUCGGCGGAUGAUGGUACAGCGCAAAGUAUUCCACGAUGGCUGGAGGGAAGGUCCUAUUACAUUCCUACCAUCAUAUAAAUACGAUGUUGGAACAGUCGGGCUCUUUGAUUCUAGUGAAAAGCAACGAGCUCCGAGUUGGUGUGACCGGAUCUUGUAUCGAACGCGAAAGGACAAGCAAGACUUUGAUGCCAAAGCAGCAGAAGAGAUGGCGGUGAAGAAACGGGAUGAGGAAAUGAAGUCCAGAGGAAUGGACCAAGACGACGAUGUGCUUUUCAGCUACGAUCCCCAGACGGACGGCGAUGAGCAGCCAGAAACAGCAGGGUAUGACUAUGAUGAAUACGACGAAACCGAAGACAAUGACCUCAAGGAAAUUGUAACCAAGGAAGGAUAUCUGGACCGAAUCUCGCUGGAUAUUUACACAUCACACCAACGCAUUACAUCGUCAGAUCAUAAACCCAUAAUAUCUGUCUUUUCUCUCGAAUACGAUGCCGUUGUGCCAGAGUUAAAAGCAAAAGUUCACGCCGAGGUUGCGCGAGAGCUCGACCGGAUGGAAAAUGAGGGUCGCCCGGCUAUAACUGUUGUAAUGGAAGGCGGCAAUUCAGCCAAUGAGAGUGUUGUCGACUUUGGUGAUGUCAGCUUUUUGAAGAGGUUGACGUGCGUUGUUACGAUCGCGAAUACUGGAAGCGUGUCCGCAAGCAUUUCGUUUGUCGAGAAGCCCACAACAGAUGAAGGCGACUCAACUGCAUUAGCAUGGCUGACCUCGACCUUUAUUCGACCGGAUGAUGAUGAGGCCGCUGAUUUAAGCAAAUUGGUUACCUUGGAGCCAGGAGAAACGGUUCUGGCACAUAUUCAAGCCCAGGUGUCAAGCAUUUCUCAUCUUCGUGCUCUGAAUGAUGGACAGGCCAGCCUGGAGGAUGUUUUGGUGCUUCGUGUCGAAGGAGGUAGAGAUCAUUUCAUUCCUGUCAAGGCGGCUUGGCAACCCACCUGCUUCGGAAGGUCCAUUGACGAACUCAUCAGAGUGCCUGACGGAGGCAUACGAAAGUUUCUGGCAGAGAAGGAUAUCAAAGGAGCCAUCCCCUAUGAUUCUGAAGUUCGUUGCUCAGCUCCAACGGAAUUCUUCAAGUUGACAGAGGCCAUUCAGACCAUGGUGGAAAGAUGUGUUGCUGAUGAAGCAAUGCUGGAAUCCAUGAAUCUACCUCGUGAGGCCGGUUGGCCAUUUGACGCGACUACUUGGACAGCCGGUGUGGCAGAGCAAGAUGAGAUAAAAGCAGAUCUUGUUGCCGCUUUGGAUAACGACCUACCCAUUGCUGACGCCUUACCAGUUGAGCUGACUUCUCCACACAAGCUUGAACUGCUGUCGUCGCUGUUGCUUUUAUUUUUAGCUUCACUAACGGACGGACUCGUUCCUCCACUCCUCUGGGCCAAGCUGUCCACCUCACUACCAAAUUUGACCUCGCUUGCUCCCACAGCAUGGCCGGAUGCAAAGACCCAAAUUCUUGAUGUAUUCUCGUCUGCACCGAACCAUCACAUUGCGUUCGUCUUCUUGGCUUCAACGUUGUCACGCGUAGCUACAGAGCUAAGUUCGGCAACAUCGGAACCCCUUCUACCCGGCUUAAGUCGACGAUUGAGUUUCCGGAGAGGGGAAGACGACAGCGAGAAGAAGAGGAAACUUCGAGAACGGAAAUAUGCCGAAAUUUUUGGGCCUCUCGCAUUCAGGACAAAUGAUAGAGAUAAGGCAACGAGAGAAAAGGAGCGUAUAGUUGUUGAGAUAUUCAUGAGCCGAGAGGCUGGAGGUUAG